GGGAUCUGAUUGGUUAAUGUCACAUCUGUGUUUGACAGGCGGAAGUAGCGACGCCAGAGAGAAACCAGAGAUCUCUUCUGUUAGAGCUCAUCUUUAGGAGCUUUACUGGACAACUAAACACCUUCUGUAAUGUGAGACUGUUACACCACAGACUGAGGAAGGAUAUGCAUUAAUGUAUUUCAUACCUGAGGCUAGCAUUAGGGAGACGACUUCUCGUCCAUACGUCAUCCAGAUGAGGCAUGCUGGAAGUAUGCAGCCCACGUACAGAAGAGAUGCUGGAGUCUGGCACCAAACAAGAAGUCUUCUCUACAAGAAUCUGCUCAUCAAAUGGAGGACCAAGCAACAGAGUCUUCAGGAACUGAUCCUACCUCUGCUACUGUUGGGUCUCCUGAUAUUCAUCAGCAUCCUGAAUCCUCACGUUUAUUAUGGAGGCAUCAGCACUAUGGAGCUGGAGCGUGAGGACCACUCCUUCAAGGGCCUGGGCUACACACCAAUCACUAACAUCACCAGCCACAUCAUGGAAGGGGUGGCCCACGAGAUGCUCAUGCAGGAUCGUCUUGAGAUGUUUGCCAGUGAGGAGGACCUGGAGAACGCCAGCCUGUAUGAGCCUUCCAGCUACGUCGGUGUUGUGUUCAUGGACAGCUCUGCCACGUCUUACAGGCUACGCUUCCCGUACAACCAGCUGCCCUUACCAAGCGACUACACAGAAUCUAUUGCCAACUGUUUUACCAGCUCGGUUAACUGCAGAGCAGCUAAUUACUGGUACUCUGGCUUCAUCCGCCUCCAGUCUCUGAUCGAUGCCGCCAUCAUUCAGAUGCAGACGAAGCGUUCAGUGCGGAGCGAGAUGGACCUGAAGGUAGUAAUGAUGGGUCAGCCAGGCUCCGUGGAGGUGCAGAAAUUCCCCCACGCCCUCAUCUCCAUCUACCUGGUCCUGGCCUUCACACCCUUCGUCACCUUCCUCAUCGUCAACGUGGCGGCUGAGAAGGAACAUCGCCUCAAAGACACCAUGACCAUGAUGGGGCUCUACGACACCUCUUUCUGGUUGUCAUGGGGACUCCUGUAUGCUGCUCUGGUGACCACCAUGUCCAUCCUGAUGUCCAUCAUCGCUACGUACACGGCCCUUUUCCCUAACAGUGACUUCUUUGUUAUCUUCUUCCUCAUCUUCCUCUAUGGAAUAUCAUCAAUCUUUUUCUCCUUCAUGCUGACUCCGUUAUUCAAGAAGCCCAAGUUUGCCAGCACCGUGGGCUCCAUGCUGACGGUGGUGUUUGGCUGCUUGUCACUGUUCAACGUGCUGAUGAAGGACUUCCCACAGCCGCUGGUCUGGCUUCUCUGCCUGCUCUCCCCAAGCGCCUUCUCAAUUGGGAUCGCACAGGUGGUUCACCUGGAGGCCCAGGGAGAUGGUGCUGUGUUUUCCACCCUGGCCAAUGGCCCUCAUCCUCUGUACGUGCCCAUGCUCAUGCUGGUGUUGGACUGCAUCCUCUACCUUCUGUUGGCUAUCUACCUGGACCAGGUACUGCCUGGGGAGUUUGGAAUGAGGAGGUCCUUGGUGUACUUCCUGAAGCCAUCCUAUUGGUCCAAACGCAGAAAGCGCUACGUUGAAGUGAGCUCGGUGUACGAAACUGAGGUGAAAGGCGCUCCUAGUGGGGACGAGUACGAGUCUGUCGAGCCUGUUUCACCCGAGUUCAGAGGAAAAGAAGCCAUCCGCAUCAAUAACAUCCAGAAAGUGUACAAAGAGAAGGACAACGUGGUGGAGGCUCUGAGAGGUUUGACGUUUGACAUCUACGAGGGCCAGAUCACGGCUCUGCUGGGACACAGCGGGGCCGGCAAGUCCACUCUCAUGAAUAUCCUGUGUGGCAUCUGCCCGCCCACUCACGGCUCGGCCACCAUCUACGGCUCCCCUGUAGCAGAGAUCGCCGAAGCAUCAGAAAUGAAGCAGCUGGUGGGGAUUUGCCCCCAGUUCAACAUCAUCUUUGAUGUGCUCACCGUGGAGGAGCACCUCAGGAUAUUUGCUGCCAUCAAAGGGAUCCCACCUUCGGACAUCAACGCUGAGGUUACCAAAGUGCUGAAGGAUCUGGACUUGGAGAAGAUCAAGACUGCUCAGGCCAAGAAUCUGAGUGGAGGCCAAAAGAGGAAACUCUCUGUGGGCAUCGCCAUUCUCGGAGAUCCUAAGAUUCUGCUGUUGGACGAGCCCACGGCCGGCAUGGACCCCUGCUCCAGACACCAGGUCUGGUCGCUGCUGAAGAGCCGCCGAGCCGGCAGAGUCACAGUCCUCAGCACACACUACAUGGACGAGGCUGACAUUCUUGCUGAUCGCAAAGCUGUGAUUUCUCAAGGGCAGCUUAAAUGUGUUGGCUCAUCAAUGUAUCUCAAGGUCAAGUGUGGUGUUGGAUAUCAUCUCAGAAUGUCUAUCAACGAGGGAUGUGAAGCUGAAAACAUCACGUCACUGGUCAACCAGCACGUUCCCAAGGCAAAGUUGUCUCGACAACACGAGGCAGAGUUGACUUUCACUUUGCCUUUUGAGGGCAUGGACACAUUUUCAGGCUUGUUCUCGGAGCUCGACUGUCAGCCCAAUCUGGGAAUUAUCAACUAUGGGGUUUCCAUGACAACGCUGGAGGAUGUUUUUCUUCGUUUGGAGGCCGAGGCCGAGGUGGACCAAGCUGACUACAGUGUGUUUAAUCGGGAGCAGGCGGAGGACGAAAGUGACAACGCCUCUAUAGACGACACAGACCAGCGGCUGUUGACAUUCUCCGACAGCAAGUCAGAUGUCGUGUCGGGACACGCUCUGUGGCGGCAGCAGUUCAGCACCGUGGCCUGGCUGCACAUGCUCAACAUGCGCAGGGAGAAGAAGGCCUUCAUUUACACUCUGGCCUUGUUCCUGGUGUUUGUUGCCACGGUGCUCGUCCUGUCUGUGGCCACAGGAAACAUCCAGAUUCACUCCCCGGACCGUCAGUUCCUGCCCAUUUACCUCCUCAAAAAGAACCAGGAGCCGUGGAGAUACGCCACCAGCCUCCUGGUCCAGAACUCCUCAGGCUCCGAUAUUUCAGACUUCAUCCACAACCUGCAGUCUCAGGACAUCAAAGUGGAUUUGAUGAAACAGAGCGACUACAUGGCCGCAGCUCCCCACAGCGCCGCCAUCAACGUAACAGGAUCCAGCAAGCAGGGUUUCAGAUACAGUGUUGCGUUCAACAGCACAACAGUUCACUCUUUGCCCAUGGCUGUCAAUAUACUAAGCAACGCUCUUCUAAGAGGUCUGAAUGGUUCUGGACAGAUCCGAACCUGGACCAAACCGUUUGAUUAUCAAAUCCCAGACGCUACGUCCUACGCUCUGGUGUACAUAGAGGCCAUCAUACUGGGAAUGCUGGCAGCUGGAAUGCCUGCGUAUUUCGCUAUGGACCACACUCGAGACAGAGAGAUCAAGUGUCGCUCUACACUGCGUAUCUCUGGUUUGGUGCCGUCAGCCUACUGGUGCGGCCAGGCAGCUGUGGACAUCCCCUUCUACUACCUCAUCCUCUCCUGCAUGACCAUGAUACUCUUCUCUUUCCACACUGGAAACCUACUCACCUCCAGCAACCUCACCGCUGUGGUCCUGUGUACUGUCGGCUUUGGGCCAGCCAUGAUCCUCUUCACUUACGUGUUUUCUUUCGGCUUCCACCGAGUCCAGAGCAACAGGGAUUUCUUCUCUGUCAUCUCCAUGAUGGUGUGUGUGGUAUCAGCCUCGCUGUCAUUUUUUUUCAACGACAACCCCGACCUGACCAGAAACCUGCACAACAUCUUGUGUUUCUUCAACCCUCUGUAUCCUCUCAUGGGCUGCCUCACCUGCAUCACCAAGGCGACCUUCCUCCCCUCUCCGUACGAGGAGAACUUCUUGUGGAAGAACCUGCUCAUUGCGGUCAUAGCUCCCUAUCUCCAGUGCAUCCUGCUGCUUUUCCUGCUUCGUUGGCUGGAGAUGCGUUACGGAGGGAGGACAGUCGCCAGUCUCUCGUCCAAGUCAAAGUCCAGAGUGGAGAAAAAUCCAGAAGAAGGGCUGAACGAGGACGAGGAUGUUCAGAUGGAGAAGGCCAGAGUGAAGGAGGCCCUCACCUGCCAGUCCUGUGAAGAGAAACCAGCCAUUGUUGUGAGUAACCUCAGGAAGCAGUACAAAGGCAGAAGAGAAGGUUUUUCUCUGAACAAGAAGAGGAAAGUGGCCACAAAGAACAUCUCUUUCUGUGUUCGCAAAGGUGAAGUUCUUGGACUGUUGGGCCCCAACGGAGCAGGAAAGAGCACCAUCAUGCACAUGUUGUCAGGUGACACCGAACCCACUGCAGGCCAGGUGCUGAUGGGGGACUAUAGUACAGAGUUUCGACAGGUGGACAAUCCUCUGGAACAUGUGGGCUACUGUCCUCAGGUGAACCCUCUGUGGCCCCGGAUCACUCUGCAGGAGCACCUGGAGAUCUACGCUGCCAUCAAGGGCCUAAGAGGACAGGACGUACCAGGGAUCAUCAAACGUGUGGUGAACGCUCUGGAGCUGAAGGACCACUUGAACAAACAAGCCAAGACCCUGUCAGCAGGAAUCAAGAGGAAGUUGUGCUUUGCCUUGAGUAUGAUUGGGAAUCAUCAGAUCGUCUUACUGGAUGAGCCGUCGUCAGGGAUGGACCCCAAAUCUAAACAGCGCAUGUGGAGGGCCAUACGUGCUGCUUUCAAGAACCGUCAGCGGGGAGCCGUCCUCACCACGCACUACAUGGAGGAGGCCGAGGCCGUGUGUGACCGCGUGGCUAUCGUGGUGUCCGGCCAGCUGAGAUGUAUCGGCUCCAUUCAACAUCUAAAAGGGAAAUACGGUCGGGGCUACAGUUUGGAGGUAAAACUCAGAGAGGAGCUGACGGGACUCCAGCAAGUGGCGCUGCUGCACAAAGAGAUCCUCCGAAUCUUCCCUCACGCCGCCCGACAGGAGAGCUUUGCUACUCUGAUGGUUUACAAGAUCCCCAUGGAGGAUGUGAAAUCACUGUCCAAGUCUUUCUCUCAGUUAGAGAGCGCCAAGCAAUCGUUCAACUUUGAAGAGUACAACUUCUCCCAGUCGACUUUAGAGCAGGUGUUCAUGGAGUUUGCCAAGGAGCAGGAGAACGAGGAGGACGAGGUCGGCUCCCUCAGCACGACGUUCCAGUGGCAGCGUCUGCGCCAGGACGCCUCCGCUCCGGUCAACCACACAGAGAGCAUCGUGCACCAGCUUUGAACUCCACCUGAGAAAGGGAGCAGGCUGGUGACUGACCAGGACUGACCGAUCCCGAACCUGCCAGGCCUCGGUGUCCGAGGGCUCACGCCGGCACUUCGCCCGCUCCACGCAAAACCGACGCCCACCGCCCUUAAAAGAAUGGGACAGACCUGUGGGGGGGGUCUGACUGUGUGUGUUUGGGCUCAGGGCUGUUAUGGAAACCUUUCUCUUGGUCCGAGGCGUGCAUGUGUGUGACCCUCGUCCACUGGUGCUCCGUGUUUUCUGAAUCGCACUGACCAAGGGGGCCUGCGGUCUUUCUCGACACGCUGACGCGACACCUUCUCCUCUUUCUAAUGGUGUUUUUUUUUAUCUUCACAGGGAGUCAGUAAAAGGAAAAUAUAUAUAUAUAAAUAAUAUAUAAUAUUUAUGCUUUGUAAUCCUUUCCAUCCGUUCUCCUCUGCGGGACGCGUUACAGUAAGUGUGUUGAUGUUUUUGUCUGAUGUGUUUGUGAAGGUUUUUUUUUACCAGGACUGGAUCCAUCCACGAUCGUACCAAAGCAGCACAUCUCUGAACCACACACGUCCUCACACAUUGAAACUGACAAGUACUUUCUGUUUAUUGGUGUCAGUAGCAUGUGCAUAAAUAGUUCUAUUAUUGAUGCGGGGCGGUGGAAUGAGUCUGUCAACUAAAACACUGGAGAAGAGAUGCUCUCCACAGAGUCUGUAGACCGUUACAAAGCCCCCGAGUUAACAAACCAGACUCUCCUCAUUUUACACCAGCAUGCACAUCUUAACGUCCAGACGCACAUUUAAACUCUACAGUGUUUCAGCAUGCACGCUCAUGAGGAGGUUGAUUAUUUAGAAAAGUGGCUGAGGGUUUCGGGUCGAUGGUCUUUGCCCUGUGGCCUUCCUCUCUGCAGGUUUAGCUCCGAACUAGAACCCGUAGCUUUGGGAAUGUAGAGUAGAGAAUAUGCACGCCAGUACAUGUAGCACACCGCCCUUGUCAGACAUUAGCCAGGGCCCAUGAACCUCAAACAUGGAGAGACGUGGAGCUCGAGGUUCAGAUCUAGAUGAAGUCUUCUCUCAGCCAGGUUCCAUGAGGAUUUUUGAUAACUGAAUGUACGUUGGGCCUCCAGUGAGAGGAGGGUUUGUAACUCAGCAGCGACCGUUCGGCGCUCUGUUUCACUUUGGUGCCACUUUUAAUCACACAGCUGUGUUUUGUUAACUCUAUCUAGCCUGUUUGGUGUGUUAUUGUGUUGUGUGUGUGUGUGUAUAUAUAUACUGUGAGUAGCUGCGGCUAUAUCUGCAUAAUCUAGUAUUUGUACAAGCAGGUGCGUUGUUGGUGCAAUACCUAUCAGCAAACCGAUAAAUUGUAAUUUUUUUCAUGACAUUCAGGUGAGAGGAUGACGCGGUUAAAGGGAAUUUAAGACACUUUGUUUAACAGACUUGAGAAAUAUGUGAUUUGUUGUGUUGAGUUUAGUUUUGUUAAAGAUCAUAAACGGACCUGGGAGGGUGAUAUUUGUCUAACACAACA